AUGCGGCUAGCCCUGGCCUGCGCUGUCGCCCAGGGAGCGGAUGUCUUCCUCCUCGACGAGCCGACAAACCACUUGGACUCCGUCGCUGUCAAGUGGCUCCAAACCUACCUGGUGACACAGGGCAAGCGGAUCACGGCCAUGAUCAUUUCGCACGAUGCCGGCUUCCUCAACCAUGCCUGUACGGACAUCGUGCACUUCACGAAAGAAGGAAAGCUGGUAUACUAUGAGGGGAAUUUUGAUGCCUUCAGGGCAAAGACAAAGCUUGAUGCAGAGGGAGCCAAAAGUGUGCUAACUGUGCGAGGCCACGAGGGCAAGACGCAGGACGACCAAGACAAGCCGGCCGAUGCAAAGCAGCUGGGGGUCAUGCCCGCAGACGGAGAUGAAGAUGGCAUGAGGUUCCCUAUGCCAGGCAAGAUCGAAGGUCUCGGCACCGCCAGCAAGCCAGUAGCAACGGUCACCAACUUGAACUUCAAGUACUUCGAGGACGGCCCGCUAGUGCUGAAAGGAGUGACUGUCCGGCUGACUAUGGGCAGCCGUAUUGGGGUGGUCGGUCGAAAUGGGGCUGGCAAGUCAACAUUGCUGAACCUCCUUGCCGGAGAGCUCCUUCCCCCUGAUGAUGAGACGGGAGAAGUCAGUUCGGUCUGGAGACACAGAAACCUCCGGCUGGCCUACAUCGCCCAACACCACUUCUUUCAUCUGUCCGAGUUUUUCAAGAGCACACCCUUGCACUACUUCCAGACGCGCUUCAGGCAGGGCUAUGAUGAGGAGACCCAGCGAAGGUUGACUCUGCCGCAGAGUGAGGAGGAGGCGCAGUACAGGAAGGACAUGGCGGGUAAACAUGGCAAGCGUGGCAAGGAAGUGGAAGCGCUACUCUCUCGACAGAAGAGAGGCCGCCAGAUCCUGUACGAGGUCAAGUGGAAGGGCUUGGAUGACGCCAAGCAGAACACAUACGAGCCCCUCACCAAGCUGAGACUGUUGGGCGUCGAGAAGAUGUGUGCAGCUCUCGAUGAUAGAAUUGCUUGUGCCGAAACGGCACUGAGACCGCUGAGCACCCGCGAAAUUGUCAAGCAUCUGGAACCCUUUGGAAUCACGGAGAACAUGACCUGCCACCGGAUGAUAGAGGGCUUCUCCGCUGGGCAGAAGAGUAAGCUGAUGAUGGCUGCAGCAAUGUGGACCAAACCUCAUGUCAUUGCUUUUGACGAGCCGACAAAUUACUUGGACUUCCAGACGGUCAACUCGCUAGCGAAAGCCAUAAAGCUCUUCAAAGGCGGAACUAUCGUGGUAACGCACAAUGCUGAUUUUCUUCAAGAAGCCUGCGAUGAAAUCUGGCAUGUGGAAGAUGGCCGAGUCACCAUCGAAGGCAAGGAUGGAGCUCUCAAAAGCUUGGCCGCCAAGAACGCAGCCGCAAAGGCAGAGAAAGCCAAACAGAAGAUGGAAGCUGCACGGGUCAAGGAGGAGAAGGCAGCCUCGGGGCCAUCUGAUGCCGAGAACGCGCUACAAGUGUAUCUACAAGCCCGGCAGAAGCUGGGAGCGCCAAAGGCCGACAUCAAGCUCAACAGUGUUGACCUGCGGUCCUUGGAUGGCUCUGAACUCCUUCUCGGCACAGAUCUCACUCUCAACCAAGGUCGGCGCUAUGGUCUGAUUGGUCGCAACGGGGCGGGGAAAAGCACGCUGCUGCGCGAGAUUGCAUAUUAUAAGUUUGACAAAUUCCCAAAGAAUCUCAAGGUGUUGAUGGUGGAGCAGGAAGUAGUUGGAGAUGACCGGAAGCCUGUUGAGUGGGUCCUCCACAGCGAUGUUGAGAGGAGGCUCCUGCUGCAGGAGCAGAAGGCCCUUCAGGACAAAGAUACGAAAGAUGCUGCAGAGUCGGAGAGAUUAAAGCAGAUCGCGGACAGACUGCAAGAGAUUGGCUCUGAUGAUGCUGAGCCGCGCGCUGCCAAAAUCUUGCGAGGACUUCAGUUCACAGAAGAGCUAUUAGACACGCCGACAUCUUCGCUGUCCGGUGGGUGGCGAAUGCGCGUGUCGUUGGCCUCGGCCCUUUUUGCACAACCUGAGCUUCUUCUCCUAGACGAACCUACCAACCAUCUAGAUUUCCCAGCUGUUCUCUAUUUGCAGGAUUACCUGCUCUCAUGCAAGAACACCUGCCUUAUUGUCUCCCAUGAUCGUGGCUUCUUGAAUGCAGUCUGCUCCGACAUUAUUCUGCUGAACGGCAAGAAGCUGACGUAUUACAAGGGCGACUACGACACCUAUGUGCAGACGGUGAAGGAGACGCGACUUGCACAGCAGCGAGCCUACGACGCGCAGCAAAAAGAGAUCUCCCAUAUCCUGGAGUUCAUCAACAAGCAUGAUGAGCGGCCAAAGAUUGUGGCACAGAAGGCAAGCAAGCAAAAGAUGCUGGACAAGAUGGAGAAGAUCGAGGAUCCUGCCAUAACUUUCAACGACGCGGCGUCUCUUUCCAUCCGCUUUCCAGAACCCGGCCAGCUGCCCAAAAAUCAGCUCAUUCAGUUCGAUGGCAUGAGCUUUGCGUAUGCUGGCAAGGCCCCGCUGUUCGAGAAUGCAACUGCCAACUUGGACAUCUCUGGCAGGAUUGGCAUUUUGGGUGCGAAUGGCGCUGGCAAAUCCACUUUGUUGAAAGUGAUGCAGAAGAAGCUGAUACCAACCGCUGGGCAGAUUGACAUCAAUCGCAAUGCCAGAAUAGGCGCUCCAGCCUUGUCAUGA